AUGAGUCAGGCAAUAUGAUGCUGAUGAUACUGCCAUUUCAUCAGCAUAUUUUCACAAACAUUUCUUCACCCCUAUUCAUGAGGCUAACGAUACGAAUUUACAAACAAUUUAUGGGCGUUCUGAACGAACUAGGUAUUGAUAUAAAGGCCCCAGACGCGUAUGGUUAUUCGUUUGGUUAGGCUAUUUAUUGCACACUCAAAGCGGGGACUAGUUGCACAUUUUUUCUCAAAAACAUUCGGGUGUGCUUGGAUGCCUUGCCUGGGAACGUCACUAUACUAUACGUUUACAGAAGGAAAGAAAGCGAAGAAUGGGGUUUACUAUUGUCAGACACUGAGCAGCAUUACCGAGAUUAAGUAAGAUAUGGAAGCUAUAUGGCUGUACCAGUUCCGGCUGAUUGUCAUUGGUGACUCGACAGUGGGGAAGUCUUGUCUGAUCAGACGCUUCACAGAGGGACGUUUUGCGCUGGUGUCUGAUCCUACUGUCGGAGUGGAUUUCUUUUCCCGCCUGGUGGAGAUUGAACCAGGCAAGCGUAUCAAGCUUCAGAUCUGGGACACGGCAGGCCAAGAGAGAUUCAGAUCUAUCACAAGGGCUUAUUACCGUAAUUCAGUGGGUGGCCUGUUGCUUUUUGACAUCACCAACCGCCGCUCCUUCCAGAAUGUUCACGAGUGGCUGGAGGAAGCGCGCAGUCAUGUGCAGCCACACAGCAUCGUCUUCUUAUUGGUCGGUCACAAGUGUGACCUGGAACAGCAGCGGCAGGUGAGCCAGCAGGAAGCGGAGAAACUGGCAGCUGCUUAUGGCAUGCGUUACGUGGAGACCUCUGCACGUGAUGCCAUAAAUGUAGAGAGGGCCUUCACCGAGCUGACACGAGAUAUCUUUGAGCUGGUCAAAAGUGGGGACAUAACCAUCCAGGAGGGUUGGGAGGGAGUCAAGAGUGGUUUUGUGCCCAAUGUGGUGCAUUCAUCUGAGGAGGUGACCAAGAGCGACCGCCGCUGCUUCUGUUGAUCAAGUGACUCAUGCUGGUGUAUCAUGGCUCUUCACUGCAAAACCAGUGCUGUUCUUCUCCCUUAGCUUGACAUUUCCCUCUACUGCAACCCUACAAAUACUUUCUUCACUCUUCCAGUGUUUCCUGCUCUCAUAAUUACUUCAAGUACAGUUCCCAUUCUCAACAUAAAUUCAGAACUUCACAUUCAAAUAAUGACCUAAACUUAAGUGACAAAUCUUCAUCCACUUUGUGGCAAGAUGGAACCAGCAGAACUGUGUUGUAAGAACAGUGUGAGUAAAAGGUUGCAGCAUCUUCCAGACUGGAGAUCUCAAACCUUCAAACACACUAUCCAAGGGAAAAGCAGUAUCCUUUGGAGCAAAGACAGGUCCAAAGUUUACACCAAAUAUUAACCCAUCAAUGUUUUCUUAUAAACAGAACGUUUCAGAGCAUGCACAGGAGGACCACACCGGUCAUAACAUCAUUAAUUUUCUCAUUUGCCUAUUUAGCUCCUAUUGUGUUCAUCUGAGCCACAUCCACACUUAUACAUUUUAGUUUUAAAACACAUACGUUUUGCUAAGUUUACACCUCUCAUCCACACUAGAGUGGCACUUUUCUCCUCUGAAAACGCUCUAUAUCACCUGCAUACUUUGGACAACAUUGAUGUAAGAAAACUGAAUGGGGAGUUUUGCAACAAAAAUGGAUGUCGAUGUGGCCUAAAGAUACUCCUUAUUGUAUGUUCACAUCAUGUCAGAAUUACUGUAAUUAUGUCUUUCUGACUUAAAAAUGGUAAAAAAAAAAUAAAAAAAAAAACUUUCAUGUUUUCUGAAAAACAAUCUGAAAGCUUAGACAAUUUUUAUGUGAAUGUAAAAAGAAACAGUUAAAAGUAGUUUACAUGUAUUUCUGUUUGAUAUGGCCUUUUAUUAUAGCCAGUUAUCUUGUGCACUUUCUUUUUUCUUACAAAUAUGUCAACAACAAAGCCGAAAAUUGAUCCAUAUUGGCAUUUUAAGUGUUGCCAAAAAAACUAAUAAUUUCUGAGGGUCUGAGUUGUUAUCUCGUAAUUACAGUCAUUCCGACACAACGUGAAUGUGGCAUUAAUAGUUACGUCCAUUAAUUUCCUGUAAUUCCUUAUUGGUAUACUGCAUAUUGAUUGUUUGUUUGGUGUGACAUCUGAGUUGAAGAAUUCAACGAGAGGGAGUGAAAUUCUGUUCCUUACUCUCAAACCUUGUUGUCUGACAAAGAUGAAGACAAAUUAUGCCUGUAGAGGCAAGAGGAUUUACCAAUCAUUGGGAAUGUGAUGAGUACUUUUUUGUUUUCCUUCAAGAUUACCCAUUCUACUUUUCACAUCUUUAAAAUGUUUCAGUAAACAGAGAUAUCUCUAAAAAGCAAUGCUGUUAACAAAAAAUAGUCUUUCAAUGCUACAUUAAAAUAUCUGAGACACAUCAUCAUCAUCAAUAAAGCUUCCAGGAAAUACUCAAUUCUAGGGAACUGCUUUUCGAAGUUUCUGCCCAUCUCUCAUUUAAAGUAGUUCUUAUCACAAUACCACAGAUUUUUCCACAUGAAUAGAACAUUCAGCGACUUUACCCACAUACCUAUUUGUAAAGCACUGAUAGAUCAUGUCCCGAAGUUUUUCUUUUCGGAUAUAUCAACAUUAGAUUUAAUAUCUGAAUUGGUUCUUAAGAAAGUCCACUUUCAUAACUGUCACUUGAGGUUAGAAGCUGCCGAGUACUUUUUUGACUACAGACUAAUAAAAUGUCACUAAACCGACUGAAAUGACUAUUAACUGUGUAUUUAUUGAUCUUGCGAGAGAGAUGGAAGAACAAUCAAUAAAAUGUGACUCAAAAGA